AUGAGUCAAUUUCUUCACAGGGUUUCCUUCGGAAGUUCAAAAGGAUCGAUGGUUGAGACUCUCAUCUAUGAAAGCCCUCUGCAAGAGGAACCAGAGAACUCCCCUCCACCAAAUCUACAAGAGACCACGUUCCUAUACACGCCCGUCGAAGACGAUUCGGAGCGUUCGAAGGUUCGUGUGUCUUUCUAUCAAGGAGCGAGGCCACAGUGUCUUUCUCCACCACCGGCGCAGGAGUCGCACGUACUCUACGCGACUUUACUUUCGGCCGCAGCCAACGCAGACAUGGCAGAACACGUUAUGUACAAUAGGCAGAUAAGCACGGAGAGUGGGUGGGAUAACCCCUUCAGGCCCGACGGAGACCUGAGCCGGGAGGCAGAUGAAAUUGUCUCUCUGAUCAAGGGCGGUAAACCUAUAACUCCAACGCCAAACACUGGUUUCCCGCUGCUUUCUUCUGACGAAGAAGAGGAAGUAAUAAGCUCUGAUAAUGUAAUCGCAAUGGCCAGCCUACCAACAUCACCGGAAACGAUACUUUCGAGUCCUCUCCAACAAAGCACUCCAAAAAUAAACAUGAUUGGUAUCAAAAACGGUACAGCCGUUACUGAGAUUCGAUCCGGCCAAGUGGAAGUCAAACGUGCUCCACCGCACGAGCCCAUGCAACCCGAACACGUGACGAUUAAGCCCAAGAGUAAAAAGUGUAAAUGCUGUGUCAUCCAAUAA